AUGGAGGAAUGUAACAGAGGCGGUCAAAUUCCAGCUUUUGGGGAUUGGGAUACCACUAAUGAUCUGCCAAUCACUCGGUACUUCGAGUGUGCAAGGCAGGCAUUCUUGAUUCGCUACAGUGGUUCUGCUCUUGGUGGUGCUACUAACGAUCUUUACGUUGUUGAUUUUGUUGAACAAUCUAAAGAAAUAUAA